CCCAGGGGUCACUUGGUGCCACUCAGGUGUUGUUCAGGUGUCACUCAGGUGUCACUCAGGUGUCAGGUGUCACUCAGGUGUCCUUCAGGUGUUGUUCAGGUGUCAGGUGUCACUCAGGUGUCAUUCAGGUGUUGUUCAGGUGUCACUCAGGUGUCACUUGGUGCCACUCAGGUGUUCAGGUGUCACUCAGGUGUCCAUCAGGGGUCACUCAGGUGUCACCCAGGUGUCAUUCAGGUGUCAGGUGUCACUCAGGUGUCCCUCAGGUUUUGUUCAGGUGUUGCUCAGGUGUCACCCAGGUGUCACUCAGGUGUCAGGUGUCAUUCAGGUGUCUUUCAGAUGUCGUUCAGGUGUCACCCAGGUGUCCCUCAGGUGUCACUCAGGUGUCGUUCAGGUGUUGUUCAGGUGUCAGGGUUCAGGUGUCACCCAGGUGUCAUUCAGGUGCCACUCAGGUAUUCAGGUGUCCCUCAGAUGUCACUCAGGUGUCACUCAGGUGUCAGGUAUCACUCAGGUGUCGUUCAGGUGUCACACAGGUGUCCCUCAGGGGUCACCCAGGUGUCCCUCAGGUGUCACCCAGGUGUCCCUCAGGUGUCACCCAGGGGUCACUCAGGUGUCAGGUGUCACUCAGGUGUCGUUCAGAUGUCGUUCAGGUGUCACCCAGGUGUCCCUCAGGGGUCACUCAGGUGUCACUCAGGUGUCAGGUGUCACUCAGAUGUCGUUCAGGUGUCACCCAGGUGUCCUUCAGGUGUUGUUCAGGUCUUGUUCAGGUGUCACUCAGGGUUCAGGUGUCACUCAGGUGUCAGGUGUCAUUCACAUGUCGUUCAGGUGUCACUCAGGUGUCGUUCAGGUGUUGUUCAGGUGUCACUCAGGGUUCAGGUGUCACCCAGGUGUCAUUCAGGUGCCACUCAGGUAUUCAGGUGUCCCUCAGGUGUCCCUCAGGUGUCACUCAGGGGUCACUCAGGUGUCAGGUGUCACUCAGGUGUCGUUCAGGUGUUAUUCAGGUGUCACCCAGCUGUCCCUCAGGGGUCACCCAGGUGCCACUCAGGUGUCAGGUGUCACCCAGGUGUCGUUCAGGUGUUGCUCAGGUGUCCUUCAGGUCUUGUUCAGGUCUUGUUCAGGUGUCCCUCAGGGUUCAGGUGUCACUCAGGUGUCAUUUGGUGUCACUCAGGGUUCAGGUGUUGUUCAGGUGUCACUUGGUGUCAUUCAGGUGUCGUUCGGUGUCACUCAGGGGUCACUCAGGUGUUGUUCAGGUGUCAGGUGUCGUUCAGGUGUUGUUCAGGUGUCACUCAGGGGUCACUCAGGUGUCCCUCAGGUGUCACCCAGGUGUCCCUCAGGUGUCACUCCGGGCUCAACCACGUCCCCUCCUCCUCCACCUCCCGCGGCACCACCAGGAACAGCUCCGAGCUCCCCUCAUCCAACACCCGCUGCAGGAACUCCCUGCAGGUGACACCCCCAGGUGAGACCCCCCGGUGAGACCCCCAGGUGAGACCCCCCAGGUGAGACCCCCCGGU